GGAGGGUGUGACGUCCAGAUCUAUGGCGCGGGGGCGUUAAUUUUGGGGGCGUCGCGGGAGGUGUGUGGUCGUUGUUGGGAAGGAUCGCGGGGACGGACGUGGACGGGGUUAGGCUCGGGAGGAGUGGUGGUGGGUGGAGCUGUGCUGCCAGCGCCGGUGUCGAUGUCGAUCAGAGAGCCCCCCUGGUGACGCAGCUCCAGUGUUGUCGCGUGGGAGGAUCAUAUUAUGAGGGUGUAUCUAAGCAGUAGCGCUCCUUGCUACCCUCAGUGAUUGCAAAAUCCGGUGUUCCAAGCAGGAGGGGGGUUUCACACAACGUUAGCGGGCGGUGGUUGUUGUUUGCCGCUGUGUGUCCCGAGCCGUGGCGCCGAGUUGGUUAGCGAGUUUUGGCUUGGCUUGGCUUGGUGUGGUGGGCGCGUUUUACGUUAAGUUGAGCUAGUUAGUGGGCUGCGUGCUUGCAGUUGCUGCUAUUUCAGCUGAAUAGUUGGCUUUGUUCGGACGCCUCUAGUGUCAGCCUCUCGCCAUCGGACUUACGUGUUCAUGGUGGUGGCUGAGUCCAUGGAAAUAGCCUCUUGCAUCGUUAUUCGCGACGGUCUUAGUAGGUCAAGUUGACUACCGCUAAUUCGUCGUGCGAGUGAGGGUUAGCGUUUGUUAUAAGUGUGGUGAAAUUAGCUAGCAAACGUUGUUCUGUAAUGUUCGAGCUUGCGAGUAGGGUCGUGUUUGAGGUCGCUUUGGACAGUCGUAUCACCAAAGGGUUGAUAGCUGCCGUUGUCCUCUCAUUGUCGACGUCCUUUUGGAAGGUCUCGUCCUUCCCUGUUACUUAGUCGAUCAGGUAGGGUGUUUUGGCGAGUUUCAACAAAGCAACGUAGCAUUGUCUUCUCCACUGGGGACGGCAUCAAACUUGCGUCCUAGUGUCUAGGCUUCGGUGAUUCACUAUUCGGUACAGUACACUGCUGCGAUUUGCGAGCAUUAUUCGAGAGCUGCUUCCUGCCAAUCAGGCUUUUGUUCAGGAACCUUUUCUUGGCCACACCCUUUUAUUUCCUGCAUACAGCCAAUGUAGAUCAUAUUGAGAUUGGGGAGCGACGGCUACCGCGAUAGUAGCCCUAGAAAGGGUUUUGUAUUCUCGAAGGAGUACUCAGGCAAGUGAUAAUCACUCGCUGCACAUGAGUCAGCUAGACAUGGCGAUGGCAUUGAAUGGGAGUCAAGUUCAGUCUGGCAUCAGCAGCUCAGGCACCCAAGCUCCCGAAAACUGUUGGUCGAGCACUUCUUGGGAGCACCAAAACUUGACUGAUUCGUCUUCCAUGGAGGGAAGCGGCGAGGGAGACUACGUCGGCAGCGGUAGGAUGGAGUGGGACCUCAAGGCAAACUCCUGGGAAUGGCCGGAGAAUCUAACCAUGGUGUAUCCUCGGCAAGGUGACGGAAACCAGAGGUUGCACAAUAAUGAUUGGCCAGCUAGCGCAGCUUGCAGUGCUGUGACCCUGGCCACCACCUCGGCAGGAGCGUCGGAUUUCUCGAUUGGGUUGGCGUCCGGGAGUAGCACGAUUUCAGGCACAUUAUCUGUUUCGUCAGGUAUUCCCGGCGUGAGCGCUGGCAGGGGCAGUUGUGGCGCCGAUCUCUCCUCAGUAGUGAAGAGUGAGCCGGAUGAGCAUGGGAUGGAGCGGACAGUGGUGGGCACGCCGGCCACUCUAAGUGGUCAUAAAGAUAGACUUCUUUUCGAUUUGGGAGGAGUUCAGUCUCGCGGAAAUGGGGAGAAGUUUUCAGAGAAAAAUGAGAGUGCAAGAGCAGCUGGGGACCAGAGUAAUGGCAGCAGCGUGGUGAGUGGAGGAGGCGAUUCGCUGAACAUUGGGCUGAAGCUCGGGCGCAGGACGUACUUUGAGGAUUCGUUUGGUGGAGGGCAGGCUAAAGGCUCGUCUUCCCCUGCACCCUCACCUCCGGGAAAGAAGCAGCGCGUUGUGGCCCCUAACGUGCAGAUCGCGCGUUGUCAAGUCGAGGGCUGUAAGGCUGAUCUAAGUGGUUGCAAAGACUAUCACAAGCGUCACAAGGUUUGCGAGAUGCACUCCAAAGCGCCCAAAUGCAUUGCAGCUGGGAUUGAGCAGCGUUUCUGCCAACAGUGUUCGAGGUUUCAUGUCCUCACCGAGUUCGACGAAGGGAAGCGCAGCUGUCGCAGGAGAUUGGCAGGUCACAAUGAACGGCGAAGAAAGCCACACCCAGAGACACAUUCCGUUUUUGGGUUGCGGAACUCAUCUUCACUGUACAGUGAUACAUCCACACUUACAAUGGAUGCUGCGCCAUUCUACUUUUUAGAUAGUAAGCGGACAAGCUUCUUGCAUCGUCAUGGAGGGUCGUCUCUAGAGGAUGAGUUUCACCCUUAUUCAGACAGCCUAAAGCGUACUAACCCCUGGUCCACGUUAAGGAGGGACUACAGUAAUCUCGCGUGUCAGUUUCAGGCUGCUAGCGCAGAGAGACAGUCAAUAUUUUCAACACUGUCCCGCCCUACAGCCGAUCGGCUUCUCUCGCUUCUCCAGAACCCAAAGACACAAAUGCCAGCUCCGAACACAUCCACGGGCAUGAAUCUAGGUGGUCAUCACUUCCUGGAAGGACCUGUAGGUCCACUAGGCCAGGGUUUAUCGCUGUCUUCUUCUACGGGAGGGGCUCUGGGCAGCUUGGAGCAAAGCCGUAUUGACUCCUGCUCCCAGAGUCUCUCCAGCGUGUCUGGACUGACGAACACUGGUCGUGCUCUCUCUCUUCUGUCAUCGCAGUCAUGGGCCUCUCGCCCGCCCCCAGGUGCAUCUGCUCCAGUGUCUCUCGGCCUCUCUCAGGCGUAUGACUCGACCUUGGAGCAGUUGGUGGCCAGCAGUAGUGAUAGCAGCAACCGAGGGUCUCGGUUCUCCCACCAUCUGCAACUUCCUUCUGGAGGAUCGUCAUCUAGCUCACAGCAGCAAUUUGAAAAGCAGUUCUCCGUCCAAGCUAGAGACCUUGAGUCUGUGGGGCUGAAUUGUGGGCUGACUGCCACCGGUAACGGUAAUAUUCUGGCCAGUCUAGGAGGUGGGUAUGAGGAGACGAACUCCAUGCUCGCCUUAGUUCAGGCCGGUCAGGAUAUUCAAGCCUUGAACUCUGGUUCCUCUCAUCACGCUCGCCCAACAAUCGAUCUUAUGCAGAUGCCUAGCUCUCACAGCAAUGGACUCCAUUCCCAGGUCUCCGGUGGCCAAUACAAUGGGUUUAGCGCUCUACGUCCCUUUGAGUCUUCGAUUUUCAGCACUCAGUAACGCAGUGACGAUUACCUAAACUCGAAAUAGCUUCUGUGGAAUAUUCAUUUAUUAAUUUUCUUUGUAUGAGAUUUUAUCUUGGGUUCGUUUGCUCUCAUCAACCCGGGUUAGGAGACUAGGAAUUUUGUAUAUGUCUGUUUCAUACGUGUAAUCGGUUGAAAUAUCGCGACAUGGAACUUUUAGGUGAACAAGCGUACUACUACUUGUGUGCCCAGCUGAGAUUUAGUCGAUCUUAUUUCACUUGUGGUUUCACGCUUCAGGCUGCUAUUUCUUUAACCAUUAGGAGCUGGUACAGUCUGGCUGUCGCAGCAGCCUCUGUAAUACUAGGAGACAGAAAACUCGAUCCGGCUUGUUGGUUUAUAAAUUGUAUUCUAGAUCCAUUUGUGCAGCUUUAUUCAGCAUUUUCUGGCUACUGAGAUUGUGAGCUCUGGAAAAGUCAAUUAAGUGUUGGAAAAGUCAAGAUCCUUUUCUCUCGAGUGCGAGAUCUUUUUCA